AUGGCUACUUCUUACUCAAUUGAAAAAGUCAAUCCUAAAUUAUUAAGAAGAGUUUAUAGAGCUUGUCGACCAUCAAAUGAAGAACCAAAUUUAUCAUUAAAUUUAGAAAUUUGUGAUUAUGUAAAUGCAAAAGGUGGUUCAACAGCAAGAGAUGCUGCUAUUGCAGUUGUAAAAUUAAUUUCACAAAGAGAUCCACAAACUUCUGAAUUAGCAUUAAGUUUAUUAGAUAAUUUAGUUAAAAAUUGUGGUUACCCAUUCCAUUUGCAAAUUUCAAGAAAAGAAUUUUUAAAUGAAUUAGUUAAAAGAUUUCCAGAAAGACCACCAAUGAGAAUUUCAAGAAAUCAAAGACAAAUUUUAUUAUAUUUAGAAGAAUGGUAUCAAACAAUAUGUAAAAAUUCAAAAUAUAAAGAUGAUUUUAAAUAUAUUAAAGAUAUGCAUAGAUUAUUAUCAAAUAAAGGUUAUAUUUUUCCAGAAGUUAAAAUUGAAGAUAUUUCGGUAUUAAAUCCUAGUGAAAAUUUAAAAACAAUGGAAGAAUUGAAAAAAGAAGAAGAAAUUGUAAAUGCUUCAAAAUUACAAGAAUUAAUUAGAUCUGGAAAACCACAAGAUUUACAAGAAGCAAAUAAAAUUAUGAAAAUUAUGGCUGGUUUUAGAGAUGAUAACCUCAAGGAAAAUCAAAAAAAAUUAAAAGAAGAUAUUUUAAAAUUGGAAAGAAAAAUUGAAAUUUUAAAUGAAAUGUUGGAUCAAAUUGAUAACGGUAAGAAAACAAUUGGUGAUGAUGAUGAAGUAGUUAAUCAAAUUGUUGGACAAAUUAAAAGUUCUUUACCAAUAAUUGAAAAAAUUAUAAAUGAAGAAGAUAAAGAAGAUGUUGAAAGUAUUGAUAAAAUUUUAAAACUUAAUGAUGAUUCAAUUAAUGUAAUACAAAAAUAUGAAAAAUUAAAAGAUGGGGAAAUUAAAACUACCAAAACAACAAAUAAACCAGAAACAUUGAAUCUAAUCGAUUUUGAUGAUGAUGUUGAAACAUCUGAAGAUAAACAAGAACAAAAUUUUGUUGAUUUAUUAUCUGAUUUAACUUUUAAUGAUAAUAAUAAUAAUAACAGUACCAAUAAAGGCGCAAUUAAUUUAUCAAAUCUUUAUGGAUCAGCAGGUUCAAUUAAUUUAAAUAAUUCAAAUUUAUUAGCAGAUUUUAAUUCACCAAGUCCUCCACCUCAAUUACAAUCAAACUUAAAUACAACAUUAUCACCAGGUAAUUUUCAAUUCCCGAUUUCUACACCAACUUCAAUUCAAUCAACAUUUACUAAAACUAUAUCAAUUCAUAAAUCUGAUUUAAAUUUAAAUUUGGGUGUUGAAUCUUAUAGUUCAACUAAUUUACAAGGUCAAUUAAUAUUAACAGCAAAUCAAAAUGUUUCUGUUUCAGAUGUUAAAUUAUAUUUGGCAGUUCCUAAAAAUGUUACAUUAAAUUUACAACCUCAAUCAAGUGAUGUAUUAAAUAAUUCAAAUUUAAAAAUAACUCAAAUUUUAAAAAUUGAAAAUCAACAGCAAAAACCUUUGAAAAUUAAAUUUAAAAUUGAAUAUAAAUUAAAUAAUGAAUUGAAAGAAAUUAAUGGUGUUCAUGUUUUAAAUUUAUAG